AUGAGAUUUGAUCCUAGCCAAAGGAAUCCUAAUUUGUGGUGCGAAUACCAUGGGACAAAUGGUCACCGAACUGGAGACUGCCGGCAUCUGCACGAAGAGGUGGAGACAUUACAAAAAAAUGGCCAUCUCAGGGAAUUAUUAAGUGACCGGGCUAAAAAUAACUACGACUGCAAUUGUGAUAAUGCAGAACCUUCGAAAGCAAGAGAAGAUCCCCUGCGCCUGAUGAUCAACAUGAUUUUCGGCGGGAAUGAGAUUAAGAGGGUUACGUUCUUGGCAGCAAAAAAGAUGAAGGUGUCGGUGACCCAAAGCAAGAGACUCCGGGAAGUCGCCGAAGACGACAUUACUUUCACGGAGGAAUACACAGAUAGAUUGCUGCCACCACACAAUGGUGCGUUGGUAAUUUCUUUGAAUGUCUUAGAUUUUAAAAUUAAACGUGUUUUAGUGGAUCUAGUAAGUUCGGCCAACAUCAUACAAUGGAGGGUGUUGGAACAAGCCAAGCUCACUGGAAGCAUCAUUCCGCCCACAAAACCCCUAGCAAGUGUGACAACCCGAGGAGAGAUCAUGCUGCCCACGAAUGCUGAGGGGGUGAUGAAGAUGACCCUUUCUCAGGUGGUGGACGGUGAUAUGGGUUACAAUAUCAUUCUGAGGAUACCGUGGUUACACGAGAUGAAAGUUGUGCCAUUAACAUAUCAUCAGUUGCUCAAAUUAUAA